UUCAAAUUCAAACAGAAAAAACAGACACACUCUCUCUCUAUCUCUCUGUGUGAACAGAACAAAAGAAGAAGAAGAAGAAGAGAAAAGAAAAGAAAAGAAGAAGAAGAAGAAGAAGAAAAAUGGGUAGAAGAGCUUCAACCAAGAACAGACCAGUGAGAGCUGUUUCAGAGAACAAUGGUGAUGAUGUCUUACUAAAAGAUAUGUUAUUAGAAGACCAGAAUAAGAUUAUUACUGUCGACCAAAAUGGUGCUGCUGAAACUAUUACUGAACUAACUGAAGUGGCUAUACUAGAAGACGAUAAUCCAAAGAAACAGUUGACGGAAGUUGCUGUGGUUGAGCUGGACAGAUCGAUGGAGGUGGUCAAAUCGACCAGAAAAUCAAUGCGCCUUCUUGGUGCUCCUGCUGACGAUUUUGGUACCCAAAGUGGGUCAGGAACUGUGGAAGUUGCUUUGGAAGGGGAGCUAGGCAGUGAUGCCAUAAAAGAGCAAGAUAUCUCCCGAAGUCUUCAAGUAAAGAAAACAGACUCUGUGGAACUAGAGCGCUUGCUUAAAAUCGUUCAAGAACAACAAUUGAGAAUUGAUGAGCUGGCUGCUGAGAAGAGCUUAUCACGUCAAGAUCAAACGAGUCUGGCUGAAAUUGGGCACAAGGGAAAAUCCAGCAAGUAUAAGACCAAGUAUGAAGAUGCGCGAAAGAAGAUCCGAGGAUUGGAGCAGAACCAGAAUGAGCUAACCCGGAAGUUUGAAAAUGCCAAUUCCAAACUUGAAGGAUACCAAUUGGGUCAGCGGUAUAUUUAUGAAAUAAUUGAUAAGCUCAAGGAUGCUGCUUAUUUCCAAUCUCUAUCAAUCGAGCUUCCAUCAACAAGCAAAAGCAGUCGUACUCCGAAGCACCCGGUUCAUACAAAAAGACAAUCAACAGCACCCAAAACCCGAAAAAGGAAAGUAACUGAUAUUGGGAAGCCCCCAGCUGCACCAAAAACUCGAGCAACAGCAGCGAAAAAAAAGAGAGCUUAAAGGUAGUGCAUAUUUAUCCUGCUCCAUGUUGACCUUUUUUGGCGAAAUUUUGGGAGCCCAACCUAUCUUCUAACAAAAACACAAUUACCAUCAUGACAUUCUGUUUCACUGUUACUCUUUUGUCGGUGCUUGACAUUUGAGUUGAAACGUCGGGAGUUCACAUGCCCAACAAGUAGUCCUGUUCCUCGGCAUUGUCAGUAGCUUCUGCAAAUUGUUAGAAACAUCAGAAUUUGGGGGGAUUGUAAAGAUAUAUUUUUGUUCAUAGAAUUUUUCCUUUUUUAUCUUCUCACUUAUUACUGCCUGAACCAUAUGUUUACCUUUUAACAAAGCUCCGGGUAUUUAUCAUAUUCAUGUUUACA